AGUGGGGGUGUGACAGUAUAUAAAGCGCGAGAGAGUGAGAAGACAAAGGAAAGUGAAAAGGUGCAAACUUUAUUCCUCUUCUUUCUGCUUCCUCUCCGUUGAAGUAAGCAGGCGGUGAUUGAAGAUGAUCGACUUUGUUCGCGUCCAGAAGGAGCUUGUCGAAUGCGGCAAGGAUAUUGAGGGCUCCGGCAUCAAGGUUAACGUCAAAGGCGACAACCUUGCUCGCUUGAUCGGAACCAUUCCUGGCCCUCUCGGAACUCCUUACGAGGGGGGCAUUUUCCAAAUUGACAUUACCAUACCCGAUGGCUAUCCCUUCGAACCUCCCAAAAUGCAGUUUGCGACGAAAGUCUGGCACCCUAAUAUCAGCAGUCAGAGUGGAGCUAUUUGUCUGGACAUCUUGAAAGAUCAAUGGAGCCCUGCACUGACACUGAAAACAGCGCUGCUUUCUGUGCAAGCACUUCUCUCUGCUCCUCAACCUGAUGAUCCUCAAGAUGCUGUUGUAGCACAACAGUAUCUCAAAGACUACCAGACAUUUGUUGGCACUGCACGGUACUGGACCGAAGCUUUUGCCAAGGCAUCAUCUCUUGGGAUUGAGGAAAAGGUAAAGAAGCUCGCAGAGAUGGGAUUCCCUGAAGCUCAGGCGAGGAGUGCUUUGGAAGCUGUUGGUGGCGAUGAAAACCUCGCUCUUGAAAGGCUUUGCUCUUAGCUAGCGUGUAAGAUAGUACCUAAAGCGUUUUUGUUGUGGUAAAGUUUAUGAUGAUACUUGGCCAUAAGAGGCGAACACAAUCUCAAUAUAUAUUAAAAGGAUUAAUUGAAUAUAGUUAUUUAAUCUAUCAAUGCUUCUCUUAUAGUUCUAA